UUUGAAAACAGCUGACUGUAUAAAUUAUAUCGCCGGCAUAUCGAUAACAGUUCGAUUCACACAUUUGCGUAAGAGUAACGAAAAAUUAAAUAAAUAAAUAAAUAGUGCUGCACUUAAUGUUUCACUAAAUUGUAAGCAAUUGAAGAUGCACACAGAUCUGUCGUCACAUCUGCAUACUCCAGCCUGCAAUCAAUUAAUAGAAGAGCUCAAAGCCUGCCACGAUAAUAACGCGUUUGGCAAAUUUAUUGGUAUUUGCAACUCCAUCGACGACAAGGUGGUUAAGUGCCUGAAGGCGGAACGUGUUGCAAGGUCUGCUGCGAACCGCGCCAAGGCACGCGAACGUCAGGAAAAAUACAAGCAGAAGCUGCUGCAGGGAGAAUCCAACUAGAUAAAUAUGCCACCUAUUGAA